AUUUUUAUUCUAAACAGCUUAGGGUUUCUUUGGGUUUUCUUUUAAUUUAAAAUCCCAGAUUUCAUCAUAAUCCACUUCAGAUUUUGGCCCUUUUUAAGCCAGGAAUAGCCGAGUUCUAAGGAAUCCUAUUGUUCAAGUUCAAUUGGAUUAUUGGAGUCGAAAGUUUCUCAAUUGCACUUUUGUUUCCCGUUAUUAUUCCUCCAAAGAUGGGAAUGUGACGUGCCUUCUGCUUCUGUUCGAGUCUUGGGUGGAUAGCUGUGGGCUUCAAUAAUUUCUUGUUGACAUUUGAAUGUGCUCGAGUCCUGAUAAGCAUGUGGAGUUCCAUACUUCCAUGAAAAUCUUAAAAUAGACUACCGAACAACCUUAUUGUGCAAACAGAAAAUAGCUAAUACGGGUGCACUUUGUUGUGUGGCCGCUGGGCCACAUGGAACAAAAUCACCCACAAGCAGAAGGGAAGGUUCCAUGGAUGGUAAUGAACCACAUUGGAGGACAAACUCUAGUUUUUCACCUCCUCCAUUGAGAAUAUGGGAUUGUAGGUUACAUUCAAAUGGUAUGUCACAUGGGUCCCAUGCUGCUGGUAUACAUGGUUCAUCACUGUCUUCAAAUAGCACGAGUAGCAGAAGCAAGAUAGGCAGUGAAGGGUACAUCAAUCAUCACCAUUCUGUUUCUGAUGGCGCACUCUCUUAUUCUGGCAGCCCACCUUAUACUACUCAGUUGCCACGAUGGACUUCACCUAUUCAAAGGUUCAACCGAGAGGAGCUCCUUGCCUCUAAUGUUGGAGGUAUUGUUAGCUGUCCCCAGACCUCUUGGUUCCCUCGCUCCACUGAGAGGCGAUAUGCCAAUAAAACGACUACAGGAUCCCCUAGCUUUGGAUCCCCGUCUUCCCUCUCUGAGUCUGGUCACUUGGAUUCCUCUGGCAGGCAGUCCUCAUUUCCGAAUCGCAACCAUGCCAGUAAACGUUCUUACAUGACAAAAGCUGUUUACCCACUAGUGUUUCGCAACCCUGUCUCGGAUUCUGAAGGCUUCUGUGAUGCUGACCUUAACAGCAUUGGUAAGUUGAUACCUAACGAGGAGCGCUUCUCACCAUUUCACUGGCAUGAAAACGGAUCUAGUGUUGACCACAAGUUCCACAAAACAUUUUCUGAACUUCAAAGGUCUGAUGCAUCCCCAGACCCAAGUGCUAGCUCUCGAAGAGAAGGUUUUAGGUGGAGCAGUGCUAGCAGUUAUGAUCUGGGGUUAGAUGGAGAAAAUUUUGACAUUGCAGAGCAUGUUGAUUUGGACAACCUGAGGUCCCCUAUUGGCCCUGCGGUAGACCACAAGUGUGGAGUAUGUGGAAAAAUUUUGUGGCACAAGUCUCCCUGGAGUUCGCAACGAAUAAUUAGAAGUGGUGACAUGCCAACUGCUGGGAUUUUACCCUGCAGCCAUGUGUUCCAUGCCGAAUGCUUGGAUCAAGUCACGCCAAAAUCCCAGAUUCAUGAUCCUCCGUGCCCAUUGUGUCUCAAAACCAUUGGACCUUUAGAAGAAUCUGCAUCAGUUUCAGAACCUUUGCAAGUGGCUUUAAGAUCUUUACGAAGGAGCAGGGGUGCCAUGAUAUCUGAAGGCCAGGAAGACGAUGAAUUCUCAAAUCAUAUGAAGGAAAAAUUAAGGAGAAACUGGCUUCGACCAGCCCCACGAUGGAAUGGCAAUGGCAACGGCAACGGUUCUUCGAUAAAAAACCAUAUCAAAAAACAUUUCACAUUUAAAGGAAAAGCAAGUAAAGAUAUAUUUACCUCAAAGGUAUUCCAGAGGAUCGGCUCAUCUUCUUCUAGCAAAGAUGGCGCUCGACUACAAGAGUCUAUUUCAUAGUUCAUGCAAUUCACUUGCAAAUGGAUGGAUUUAGUCACUUUCCAAACUCUCUGGCUACUUUCAAAUAUAUUAUGUUUUCCUAUGGGGUUAGUAGCAAGAACAUCUCGAAUAUCUUAUUGCUUGCUCAUUCACAUUACGAGUUGCAAGCAAGUCUCCUAAGAUUGUUUCUAAUGUGUUGUUAAAAAUGAUCCAUCUAUGUGAUUUACACUGCAACAUACAGGUCUACUUUUCAUGCUUAAAUUGGAAAGUAUUCCAUUUUUGUUCUUUGUGCAAAUAUAUGAAUGGAGAUGUUUGCUUUGAAA